UUGAAUUGUCGCUUGCAAAUCCAUUUCGAUCGUCAUUAUUUUGGUCGCCUUUCAAUCUUUCAAACAAUAAAAAAAAUGAUUUAUCACAACGUUAGAGUAACUUAGAGCAAAAAAGUGAGUAAUUUGUGAGGAAAGUGAUUGUAAACAGCGAUGCAUUUGUUUUUGUACUGUUGAAAUGUCAAAAUGUGACAGUUCUCGUUUGACGUAACGCGUUAUACAUUGUUUUGGUAUAUGUGUUGUCGUUAUUUUCACAUUGAGCGGAGAAUAUUUAUUGAAAAAACUUUUUAUUUCAUUUUAAAAUUGGGUUUUCUUUCGGAAAUGUUUAGAUAUUUAAAAUGUAAUUCAAAUAAAUUGGCUUUUCAAUUUUGUACUCAAAGAAAUUACUGUAAAUCGUUGUAUAUACAAGGGCAACGAGUUGAUAAUAAAAUCAGAGAAUAUUUCUACUACAUUGAUCACGAUGGAAUGCUCUUUCUAGACGAUGCACGGAUAAAGAAUUUCACCUCUUGCUUCAAAGAGAAACAUUUCAUUCGAUUUUUCUUCAAGCGAUUGCGAUUCAACACAACAAACCGAUACCAAAAUGAAUUUCCAUAUCUGUCACUAUGCGGCACCGAACGCAAUUAUAUUCGUUGCGAUGAUCUACCAAUCGUUUUCACCGAUGUUAUAUCAAACGAUCAAGAAAACUGUCUGGCAUACAACCAUGGUGGUAAUGAAUUAAAAAUGCAAUUUCAACCGGAUAAAGUAUAUAUGUCGCCUGAAAGUGGUCGCGUUUAUCAUCCAGCCGAUGGACAGUAUGGCUUUAUCGGACUUAUUCGCUCAAAAAUGGCCAUUGCAUUUAGUAAACAUUUUGAAUUUGAACAAGGCGAACAGGCACCACCAACUCAUUUUACGUGGAACAAUACUCGAUAUAUACUAGAAAACGAUUGGUUGAAAGACAUUAAAUUACCAGAGGGUCGGAAAUAUUUGUAAAUUUUUCAUCAACUGAUUAAGUUAAAUGUUUGAAUGUUCUUUAAAAUAACGAAGUCAAAAGAGUAAGCAUUGUGCAGCUGAAACCAAAAGUCAAUAAUUAAAACAUUAUAAUUCAUUUUUGCAAUUCAA